AUGUACUUUUACAAUGUUUUACUUUUAAUUAGUAACAUUCUCAUGUUAACAGUACACGCACAACCUCAAGAUCCAAAAGGUGGCGUUGGCAUAUCGGCAUGCUGUUUUGAUGGUGGUCGUGCUAAGAGAUGUAGUUUAUCGGAUGUUCAAAUUUCAAAAACACCAGAGACUUGCACAGCUAUAUUUUACGAUGGGGUUUAUGUGGAUUUAAAAUAUCAUGUUUAUGUACUCGACGAACCUGGCCAAAUCAUCGAAGAUGAUAAAACGUUAGUAAAUUUAGACAAAAUAUUGAAGAGUUCUAAGCGUGUAUUUUUAUACUACGGUUAUAUGACUAUACAAGAAUGGACUAAAAUACUUGCUUGUGAGUCUUGCAAUGGAGGAACCAACUCGUUAGAUGAAAUGAAAGGCUUAAAAGCUUUUUUAGAUGAACAUCCAGGGAUCGCUGGUCUUAUUAUUUCAGGUUUAGAGUAUGAUUAUGAUUCCCCUGAAUUUCCGGGAUUUUCUGAAAAUUUAAAAACAUAUCUCGAGGUGAUGAAAAAAAGUUUUCCCGAUUUAAUUAUUGGUCUUGUUUUCACGGGAGGAUUUCCAAUUGAUCAGUAUACCAAUCCAAUGAUACCUUGGUUGGAUAUCAAUGUAAUAGAUUCGGCUGUAGAUUUUUACGUUAUUUCUUUUAUGUGCUUUAACGAUUGCACCGAGGACUUUAGAGGAGGAAUAGCUCCAAUGACUGCAUCAAAUACAAAUUAUACGAUGGACAAAUUAAAAGACGUCUUAAAGCAGGCAUCUAUUCCGAAAGAAAAAACACAUUUUAAAUUUAGAAUUAGUCCAACAUCUGAUCCCAAUGAUUCACUAACGAAUUGUGAUUUAACCACGGAGCAGAUUUGUUUGCGUCCACAAGAAACGUGUACUUGGUGUGUAGAUUCUCAAACAUCAUUUAAUGAAAAGGGUAAAUUUUCCAAAGAAUACGGAGCAGGAUUUGUAGCUUCUUUAUUAGAUUUCAAUGACCCCGAUAAUUGCUGUAAUUGUGAAAAACCAUACCCUGGGUUCAAUGCUCUUUUAGAUGGAUUUAAUGGCGUUACCACAAAACCUUGUGCUUUAUUAAACAGAAAUUAG